CUUGUACCUAAAAAUUCGGUAGGCAUGAAUGAGAAUUGGUCGAAUUCUACUCAGAACUCGUGCCAGAUGACGUCGUCCUCUAGAGCGAGAGACGACGAAGAAUUAGACCGAGAAGCGAAUUCUGACUAUGACCACGACACGAAAUGCCUGUCCCCCUCCCCUUAGGAAACUGCCUGUCUACUAAUCUUGGUCGCCACCUUCGAGAUCGAUGAAUCGCUUGACUAAAACCAAGCCUGCCCAAAAGCUUGCUAGUAAUGAAACUUGUAAGUUGUUCCGUACGUGCAGGGCUUAAUUUUAGCAUUUUUCUUUACUCUUUGUAGUCAAAAAGAAUACGUAGGAGAGAAAGUGCAGGAUUCUCGGCUGCGAGCCCUCCCUGAAGGUGGCCCACCUUGAAAACGCAUUUAUCCACCUGAGGACUAGCCGUAGGGGGUAAUUGAAUGGCGAUUCCUCGCCUUGAAGGUCAGGUACCCGGUAGAAGGUCUCCGUCUCCCCCUUGCCCAAUUCUCCAGAAGUGGCGGUCGCGCGCAUAGCAGAAAAACUACUCACAACUGCUGCAGUCAUAGAUCGCCUUCUUCGGUGCAGGUUCCUUUUUUUGAGCAAUCACUGUUCUCUCCUUGCUCUUACAUCUGAUCUUCGUCCUACCACUGUCCAACUUAUUGCAAUCCGAUGAUCACGGAUAUUAUUCCACGCCUGCCCCUCCACGUAAAGGUUCAAGAGAAAGGUAAUCAGUGGACCUUAUCUCAGCGACGUCUCCUUGUGGGUCCACAGGCACGAGUGAGGCUCAGUUUCAUUUUCGCCAGGCUGUCGCACUUAGCGUUCUAGCUGGAGUGGAUCCCCUUGAAUCUUGAGUCCGUCUUUCGACGUCAUCUUGCAGUUAAGGCAAUCCUGGGUCGUGCAUGUUACGAGAGCUCGGAAAAGAAAGCUCGCGAUGCGUUUGCUGUUGUAUCAUCAAAUGGCUUUGAAGCUGGAUCUACUAAUUCUAAUUUCUUGUCUUGUUCAGCUUUACUCGAUUCUAUUUUCAUAUCGAGGCCUCUGGAGUCAACCUGGCUUGAUGUUAGUAUUGUGAGGUGGAUACCGGCCAAAAAGUUGGUCUGGGAGCAGACAGGCGAGACCUGCAGAUAGCAGUAAAGGAUUACAGCCCUGUAGAAUAUGGGAGGUAGCCGGGAGUGGAACUAAUUCCAAUCGCAUCAAUCUUCUGUAAGUAAAGAAGUCAACACCACGACCGCGUGCUUUGAGCGAUCGAUGAUCUGGCCGUGUUUGAAUCUAGAGAGAAGAUGGCGCUUGGUGGCGGAUUUCAUGAUUCUGCUUCUGUCCGGUGGCCUGCGUGCGCUACAACUACCGAAUUCAAAGCGGAUCAGCGAGUCCAGCCUAACCUAGUAUACGGAGCAUCAUUGCCGAAGCUAGAGAAUUCGGACAAAAAAUUCGUGGAGCAAAAAGAGUAUUUCAGCUCCGACGAAUUCGCGAAAUGGGCUCUCUGGUUCUCCAAGGAAGCGGUAUCUCCAAGCAAAGUGUGCACGCAAAACUGAACAGUACCUCUUCAAGACAGAAUCCUUCCGCAAGUACGUGACAAAGUAUCCCGCAGAUGCGAAGGAUCACUUCUGGCAACAGGCAGAAGAAUUCUUCUUUAAAACUGGUGUACGUGUAUUCAAGGAGUGCGAAAAACAAUCUCGCAGACGCGCUCCAGAAAUUACCGCAGGAGACGGAAGACAACUUCAUCAAUACACCUGACUUCAAUGGCUCACAGGAAAAGGUAUCUAUGCCGUUGUCGACGAAGAAGGAAGUUCAGUCUGAUGACUCCGGACGAAAUGAGCCUACUCGUGUCAUGAUCGAACUUUUCUGCACAUCCUUCUGGAGAAACAUACAUUCAAGUCGAACUGCGUACAAGUCUCUCGAAAUAGAACCGUGA